AGAAUGAAGAAGAAGAAGAAAAGAAGAAGAAGAAGUAGGAUGAGGAUGAAAGAAGAAGAAGAAGAAGAAGUAGGAUGAGGAUGAAGAAGAAUUCCAGUGCAGCAAAAAGUGUAUCUGCAGAGAGCUCCGCUAUUUCUGACAGUUCUCUGACAGUUCCUUCACAUUUACAGUGGUUGAAACAUUGUAUCUAUUUGUUUCCGAAUAAAAACAUCUGUAUCCUAAAUGGAAACAAAUAGAUACAAUGUUUCAACUGCUGUAAAUGUGAAGGAACUGUCAGAGAACUGUCAGAAAUAGCGGAGCUCUCUGCAGGGACACUUUUUGCCGGCUGUAGAAGGGAUGAAAAUCGGCCGAUCGGGGAAAAUUCGAUUUG